AUGCGGCUCUCUAGGCGCCUCCAGAUUAGUCCUGAUGUCAUCGACUCGAGCCUCAAGCGCCUGAACUGCGUCUCGCAGGACAUCGUCGAGAUCGACAUUCACCCGACGGUGCUGUCGUUACUCUCAACCGCUGCGCCUGAUGAGGUGCGUCGCGCCGUGGCGGAACUUCCGCCACACGACGCGGCGAAAGAGGACGACUUAGACUUCAACAGUGCUGGAAUGAACACCGCGCUGGCGUUUUCCCUCCACACAGUGCUGCUCUCCCGCAACCGGCUCACGAGUCUUCUAGGCAUCAUACAGUUUCGAAGCACAGUGCGGCUCUCCCUAUUGGGCAACAAGGUGCAGCGCAUUGAGGACUGCGAAGCACUCUCGCUUUUGCCGUCGCUGCAGUAUCUCUCGCUUGAAUUCAACCCUGUAACGUCACUGCCUCACUACCGCGGCCACAUACUGCGCAUCUGCUCGUGGCCGGAGUGCCUGCAUCCGAAGAAUUGCCGCCUAAAGAAACUGGACACCCGUCCUGUCCUCCCAGCUGAGGUGGAGCGGGCCGCGCAGUGUCUCCAGCGCGAGAAGGUCACUAUGGGGGAACUUGUCCAUCGCAUGCGUUUCUUAGCAUUGCUGACAGAGGCGGAGCAGCGGAUAGCGCUGCACCACGAGCUGCGCCGCCGUGGUUUCAUACUGCAAGAUCCCGUUGUAAGUCUAACGGUUGAGAACGUUGUCACGCGGUGUUCAGCGCAGCUGUUAUCCUUGGUCGACGUGAGCGCUGCCACGCACCUGGCACGGCGCCUCAUGGGCGGGAGGUGCCGACUGUGCGCCACAUCCUCUGCAACAGCACCCAACACCGUUGAGAACUCACUUGUCGGUGACACCCCAUCUGACGCAGACAUGUCACGUGUGGCCGCAUCGUUCAGUCACUCACUCUCAAGCUCCAACUUCAUAUCGCUGCGUAACCCCAAUAAGGCUGCACUCACCGCUUUCUGCAAGGAUUGGUCAAAGGAUGUCUUCCGUCGCGUCAUGGCGUCCCUCGACCACCACAUCUGUGCCCUCCUCCUCAGCAUCGCUCACGCACUUGAUGAGGAGCUGACGGUGAUGGACGUGGACCACCUGAAUAAGCUGUGGUUCAUGCAGGUCGCGAAGGUAGAUGCGUGGAGUUUUCACCAGCGGCAGAAACAUAACAACACCCCUAUCGUAAACAGGAAGCCUUCCCCGAAUCCAGCCAAGAAAGGGAAGGUGCACAGCGGGAUGCAUUACAUGACGGACUUGACGCAAGAGGAGCUUGUGCGCAUCGCGCUGAGCCCCGGCGUGCACGCUGAUGCAGGGACUGAUAAAGAUGCCGCGUCUCUGUGCGGCAUUUCGCCCAUCGCCCAACGGGCGGUGGAGCGUGAAGACGUCGUCGCCACGCACGACUCGAAAGAGUCCAGUUGCCACGUGCUAGAGUUCUCGUGGCACGAGUUGCACCGCAUGAACGGGGACGUCGCUGCAAUGAGAUGCGCCGAGGUAAAUGGGAAGCAGGAGGAGGGAGAGGAGGAUGCACGCGCAAGCGACAAGGUGUCCGUCGAGACGCCACGCGAGGCGCCUGUCCCGUUCCCCACGUUGGGGCAGAAGGAACAAGCACGGGGGAAGGAGCUGCUCUUUGUUCUGCACCGCCGUCUGAAGCAGCGUGUCCUGUACAAGUGGCAGGUGAGGGCGUGGCAUAGACGGCAGAACACACUCUGCGCGGCGUUUAUUCAAAAACGGCUCGCGGGCCUUCUUGCGGUUUCACUCCCAACGCCGUACGCCAUCACCACCACGCUGCAGCUUCUCCCACGGACGGAGCGGAAACGUGUACUGUUUCGAUUGUGGCGCGAGCAGGCGCGAAUAUCGUACGCCCCCAGGUCAUUUCGUCUCGGACAGCUUCUCAUGCGAUGGAGGUGGCGUACGUAUGAGCAACAGAGCAUAAACACCGUUGCGGCGAGCCGUCGUGCGAGGAUGUUGGUUGAAACGUGGAGUCGCUGGUGUGAAAUGCUGCGUAGUCGCAUCGCGGCGGCAAAAUACCGCUCGAACAAUCACUCAGCAAAGGUAGAAGAAGUGACAGCAGGGGCGACACCUCUGGUUACAGUUGCGGCUUCCACCACCAGUAGAAGCAGGAGCAGCGGGAACGAUGGCUUGGUGCCGGAACCUAAGAUGUCCGCACCGGGCGGUCCUAGGCGCUCCACUCCAGAUGCCAGGACGGUUUCAGAGCAGCUGCAUGGCUCUUGCGCUGUGUGGUCGCAGUCGAGGGCCGCGACGGACAUGACGCCUGGCCUAACAUGCAGCUCGAAACCCUCCGUUGAAGCCAUCGCCGCUGCCGCUGUUGCUGCUGCUCCUACUGCUACUGCUGUCACCACCGACGACGCGAUGCGUUCCCUUCACGCCGAGUCAACGCCUGGAGUCGUAGCCCGUCUCUCACUACCGAUGAUGACACCAUGUGCCGAUGCAUCGCCGCAGAUACGGCUACCGCCGCCCCCUUCGUUCGACAAGGCAACGCAAGCAGAAGUGCCGCUUCCUUCGCUCGACGACCUCGCACGGGAAUACAAAGAUGCUGUGCGUGCCGAGGCGGAAGAAGUGGUUGCGGCGAUGCAGGCAGAUCGCGUGCGUCUUGUUGAUCGUGUGAUUGCGCUGGAGCAGCGGGCGAACGAAGAGGCGGUGCGAGUGAAGCACCGCAAUGAAGAGAUACGAGACCUCAGGCAGAAGCUGACUGCAAUGACGCUGCGCGAGGAGUGCAUGAAGUCGACCAUUACCGACUACAAGCGCGAGGUGGAGCAUAUGAGAGCUGUUGUGGAGGCCCUGCGUGCGGAGCGGAGAGAGGUUUUGCGCCCAAUUGUACGGUAA